UGUUUCUUUUUCGCGGCUUCCUGUUUGGAGUCAGGGAGGGGAGUGGACUGUGGAGGGGAGUGUUUAUUUCCCUGACAAUAUUCUCUACGGCCAUGGCAUUGGCUUGGGGUUUCGUGCUUGCUUCAACUCCAAAAUCGAGAGCGCCAAAAUUCCACCACACCCUACCUCCUCUUCAUUUAUAGUACUAAUCUAGUCUAGUCCAGUCCUCAUUUAAUGAAUUUCUACUUUUUUUCCGUUGUUGGGAUACGGGCUUGAAUCAAUUAGUAAUUCGUUCCACAUUUCCCAGAUUCUCCCCAUUACCAAUGUUGUUUGUCUCUCUUCUCUCUCUCUCUCCUUGGUCUUCAGAGUUCCAUUUCUAGGGUUUUGUUGAGGGUCUCACUCGCACAUUCCUCCUCGUGCAUGGUCUCAUCUUUUCCCAGCAAUGCCACCCAGAUGCGUGCUUUCUUGAGCGCGGUGCUGUGAAUCAAUUUUUAUCAUAACCCUUGUGAUCGAUACGUGGGGUUUGCUUCCAUCACUGUCCUUGCUACUUUAGCUCCUAUAAAAGUUCUUUUGUUUUCUUAAAUGCUCCUUUUCAUGGUAUCUGUGUUCCAUCGGCAUUCCGAGGCUUUAAAAUUAGUACUUUGGUUUGAAUAGCUUUGGAAAGUAAGAUUUACCUGAAACUCUUCAGGAUCUUUUGUAUAUUCGAGACUAGCUGAAACUGGUUGAUAUAGGGAACUUUAUUGAGCAUUUUUUUUGCGGAAUUUGGGGGUCUUGAUUUCAUUAGAGGAAAAUGAGGCAUCUUAUGAGUAAGGUGAUUGCAUAGCCUGGGGGCAUUGCCAGGUGAAGUGAAUUUUUUAAGCUUCUAGUCUCUGGAAUUCGGCUUCUGCAAUUGAUAAGAACUAACUCCAAGUUUUCAAGGGUAAUAUAAGCUGAAUUUUUUUUGGCAAAAGCAGAAAUUGGGGAUGGAUUUAUUCAAAGUGAAGAGUUUUAGGAAAGCCCACAGAUCCAACUUAGAUAAGGAUGCUGAGAAUAAGUCCGUUCCAACUCUAGAAGAGCCAAAGAAUGAUAAAAGUGAUGAUUUGGGUAAAUCUGUCAAUGUUGAUCCUGCCACUGAAGCUGAGGAGGAGGAUGAUGAUUUUAUCCUGGAUGAGGUUAAGAGGAGAUUGAAAGAACUGAGAAGAAACAGUUUUAUGGUGUUGAUACCUGAAGAAUCAGGCCUGGAAGAUGAGGAAGAAGAGGAGCAGGGGGAGACGAGCUCUAGUGAGUGGAGAGAUGCCGAACCAGAAAGUCGACAGCCGUGGUGUGGGUUCGAUGCUGCAUAUGACAAAUACUGUGAGCAGAUGCUAUUCUUUGAUCGGUUGAAUGCUCAGCAGCUAAAUGAAGUUGGCUCCCAUCAUAUGCCUGCAACUCCAUCCCCAAGAUCUGCAUCUAAGAAGCUCACGUCCCCCCUUCGCUGCCUUUCACUGAAAAGGAUAGAAGGACCUGAUAACGAAACUGAGCACCUGCAGCAGCCAGAGAACCACCCCCUCCUGGAUCUGGAAACUGCAUAUGUUGCUCAAGUAUGCUUGACUUGGGAAGCACUCCACAGCCAAUACACAACCUUGAGUCAGAAUAUCUCUUGUCAACCUGAAAAUCCCACGUGCUUCAAUCAAAGUGCUCAGCAGUUUCAGCAGUUCCAGGUUUUGCUACAAAGGUACAUUGAAAAUGAACCCUUUGAACAGGGUCUCCGUGCAGAAAUUUAUGCUCGAUCGAGGAGUUCAUUUCCUAAGCUGUUACAGGUUCCAAACAUACAAGGUUCAGAUAAAAAAGGGGUGGAAGGAGAAGAGUCAGAUUCUCCUGUACUUGCCACAGAUCUAAUUACAGUGAUGGAGAGUUCAAUCUUCACGUUCCACCUUUUCCUUAAGACGGACAAGAAAAGAUCAAGUGGUGUUCGUAAUAUAUUUGGAGGUCAGAACCAGUUGGCUACUCCCCUCCAGCAGGUUCAAUCUUCACUUGAGAAGAAAGAGAUGAAACUGAAGGAACUGCGCAAAAGGAUGAAAGGUUGGAAAAACAAAUCGUGGCCAGCAACGCAAGAUGGAGUGGAGCUAUUUUUCAGCCUCAUUGAUGUUAAAGUUAUGUCAAGGGUUCUGAGGAUGGUAAGGAUAACUAAAGAGCAGCUAUUUUGGUGCGAGGAGAAGAUGAAGAAGCUAGAUUUAUCUGAAGGCAAGCUGCAGAGAGAGCCCUCUCCCAUCCUGUUUCCUUGCUGAUUGGAAACCACCUAAUUCCAUUUCUUCUCUCUCAGUGUUAGUUCUCCCUGGAUGUUAUCAUGCAUUGUUUCCGUUGAUGGGUACUCUACUUGUAAUAUAUUAGUUCAAGAAACCAGGGCUAUUUAUUAUAGUAAGUGGAGAUUUUCUUGCAUCUGUCGAUGAGGCUAUUUAUUAUAGUAAGUGGAGAUUUUCUUGCA